CAAGGACUUUGACCAGGUCCCACCCGUCACAUGGCGAAGCGCCGAGGGGUCACACCCCCCCAUCUGAUCGAAUCUCUCCGGUUCAAUCGAGCCAAAUCGGUCCCAACCAAACCGGCAGGACCACCUCCUGUGUAGUAUCGCAGCAGGAGUUCCCCAGUUCACUGUUCCUACGUGCUCUUCUUUAUAACCCUGUAUGGAUCUUGGCCCCCCUUCCACACCAUCACCACCGUCACGUACACUUGGAUCGCCCCCUCCCCCUCCCCAAAACCCAGAUUCCAAGCUUGCAGUGGGCUUUACACUGGCACUUCCGCGGUUCCCGAGAGAAGAAACAAUGAAGAUCUUCGACUGGAUGCAUCGCAAGUUGCACCCUUGUAGCGUCAAGUACGCCCAGGUUUCGCAGAAGCGAGAUGUUUUGGGCGAAGACGACGAGGAGAAACGGGAGGUGUUGUUCGAAGGCGUGAUGGAGAAGGAAGCGCUACUGCUUCAUGAUGUCCUCAAUGGCAUUCUCACCAUCGGCACGCUGGGCCACCAGGACAGCUUUGUUUCUCAGCCCUAUCCUGCCCGGGAAGAUGAACUCCUACAGGAGGAGGAAGAGAAUGUGGAGGACGAGGAAAAGGAAGAAGUAAAGGAAGCUGCACCGGCCGUGGCGGCGGCGCGUGAGCCCUUGCCCGCCAUUGUCAUCGAGUCGUUCAAGUUCAAGCUACCGGUCGAAGCCGAGGUGAACAGGAUGGAGAUGGCGGUGCAAGACGUAGAGGAAGCCGAGAAAAUCCAGGAGCUGCCACUACUGAAGGAGGACAAGGAGAAAAGGGAGCGUGGAAGGACGACGCUCGCCGACCUGUUUGCUGCCGACGCUUUUGUGGUGAACGAUCCGGCCGAGAAUGACAUCAAGCGAGCCAAUGAUAUCGUCAAGCAACAAGCCAAUCCGGAGAGGAAGAAGGCGCAGAGGGAUAAGAAAGAAGAGAAGCGGACACCGACCACCACCAAAGCCAUCACCAACCCCAACAGGAAGCUACAGAAGCUGAUGACGAAGAUGCUGAAGAAGAAGAUACAUCCGGAGAUGGCAUCAGCGGACACGCAAACUAAGGAGAGAAACAAAGAGGUCUCCGACGGAACCGGGAGCAGAAUCUACUGAAAUGGUGCGAGUCUGAUGCUCGAAUUAGCAGUGCACUGAGUUCGUGACGGAGAUCGUUGAUCAUCCACUCUAGCCGAGUAUUAAUCGUAUCCAUCAUCGUAGUAAAUGAUGCCAAAGUGAAGCAGGAAUUAUGUGUGACAUAUUGUGGUACUUUUGUGUUAUUUUUAUUUUCCAGCUCAAUAAAUUGUAUCAUUGUUGUAUCCGUCGCUUCAAUUUCGUAUGACAAUUUAGAGAAGAGGAGGUGAGAAAUUAAUAUUUGUUUUUAGCUUUA